ACGGGGCGGGUCUGAGAGGGGUAGGUGGAGUUGCCACUAGUAAACAUGGCGACGCGUUCGCUACGGGUAUCCCGCACCUGGGCACUGGCAAUGUACACGAGGGGAGCGCUCCUGCUGCAACCAGAUAUCACCAGACACUCGCAAGCUUGCAGGCUAAAGUCAUCAGCUCAGCUUCUAGCGCGACAAGAUUUACCUAAAUUGGCUUACCACAAGCUUAAAGGCAAAAGUCCUGGAGUCAUUUUUUUGCCUGGUUAUGCAUCAGAUAUGAAUGGUCAAAAAGCACUGGCACUUGAAGAUUUCUGCAAAUCCAUGGGUCACUCAUUCAUCCGGUUUGAUUACACAGGAUGUGGCAGCUCAGAAGGAGACAUGAAAGAGUGUACAAUAGGGAAAUGGAAGAAGGAUGUACUUUCUGUUCUGGAUGAUGUGUCUGAAGGACCCCAGAUAUUAGUUGGGUCAAGCAUGGGAGGAUGGCUCAUGUUGCUUGCUGCGCUAGCUCGUCCAGAAAAGAUUGUAGCCCUUGUUGGUGUCGCCCCUGCUGCUGACUAUUUUGUAACAGCAUUUAGUCAACUUCCAACAGAGGAAAAGAAGGCUAUUGAAGAAGCAGGGGAGUGGAAAUUACCUUCAAAGUAUUGUGAUUCUGGAUUUUACAGCAUACCUUAUUCCUUUGUUAAAGAAGCUCAAAACCAUUGCAUAUUACAUAGUCCUAUACCUGUAACUUCUCCCGUUCGACUGAUCCAUGGCAUGAAAGAUGAGGAUGUGCCAUGGCAUGUGUCCAUGCAGAUUGCUGACCGAGUACUCAGCACAGAUGUAGAUGUCAUUCUCCGAAAACAUGGUCAACAUCGGAUGAGUGAAAAAGAUGACAUGAAGCUUCUAGUGUAUACAAUUGAUGAUUUAAUUGAUAAACUUAUAACGCUGGGAUGAAGUGAAUACAACCAAAUACACUGAACCAUAGGCAAUAGGCUGCACCUAAGUGUUCUUCCCGUCAAGCAUCCCAUAAUAUAUAGAUGUUUGCACAAAUCAGGGCCACAGGAGGUUAUGUGGGAAAGGAAAGAUUGCUUACUAUGUCACUUCAGUAUUUACAGUGUCUUUUUAUACUACCCCAAUUUUCCUACGGUAGAUUUCUUUAGUAAAUGUGAAUUUUUUGAAUUGUACAGACUUGCUUGCAAUCACGUCAGCACUAAUGCUUAUUAUGUUUAUAGCAAAAAAU